AUGCGAGAGGGGAAUCCUGUGAUGAGGCUGGCACCUGCAACCCGUGUAUCUUUUUCAACUCGGAGCACGGCUGCAGCCGUGGAAGUUAAGAAGACGAUCACUGCACUUCUCACAAGGUACGACCAGUCCCCAGAGCGCGUGCACGAUGAGCUUCAGGCGCUGGUGGUCAACAGUCCCUAUGCGCGAAAUUUUGCGACAGGUUCCGUCGAGCGGCUACCACGGCCAGAGCCCGCGGCGCACGCCGAAAUCGAAGGAGGUUUUCGAGAUCCGCUGCUCGAACUUCUAGGAGAUGGCCAGCUGCCUGAGAAUGGCCAGAUCUUCUCCCUCUAG